AUGGGCUCUUCAACACGGCCGCGAGAUCGCGAAAUGGAUAAUUUGGUGGCCGAUCUGUGCAACGGCGAGGUGCCUCUGUUCAUUACUGGUGCUGGGCUAAGCGCUGCCAGCGGUAUCGCGCCGUACCGAGGCACGAGCACGGCCGUGUGGACCAAUUUCGUGAUGAGCUGGGGCACUCGGUCCAAAUUCAAGAAGAAUCCCACUCUGUGGUACAACAAGUUUUGGCUGCGAACACACCAGAAGCCCGAGUACUUCAAGGCGCAGCCCAACGCAGGCCACUACGCGAUCGCUGCCAUCUCGCAGAUGUGCAACGCGAAAACGGCGCUCUGCCCACACAAACUUAUCGAGGUCCACGGACGACUCGGAAUGUACAAAUGUUACGCCUAUGAUGAGUCCAUAGACGACAUCGAUCUGGAGGACUACGCGAAAGAGGGAACAUGCAUGGAUGCCGGCAAUCUCAUGCUCACCGAGGCACCCAUUUGCCCGUCGUGUGACGAGGCGGUGCUGCCGCAGGCGCUGCUGUUCGAUGAGCAGUACGGCUCGCACCAAUUUUACCAAUGGGACCGCGUCGACGAGUGGUUUCACGACUCAGACGUGCUGAUUUUUGUGGGAACGUCGUUCUCGGUCGGAGUGACGGAGAAGGCCCUCGCCAUCGCACAAGAGUUCGGCAAGAAGGUCUACAGCUUCAACCUCUACGCCGAACGACGAGAGGACUAUCCGUGGAUUCAACACAUCUUGGGGCCAUCGGAGAAGACGCUGCCCACGCUGGCGCACCGCAUGCAGCACUACCACGCCCGGCCACGGCUCUGGUUCUACUCCAACCCCUCGUCCCCCGCCACCUACCACUCCGACUCGGACCCCGAGGCGGAGGCGGAAGAGGUGGUCGUGGUCGCCUCCGACCGGACCACCUCCUACCGCUGCUGA